AUGAAAUUCGCUAUACCUGAAAUAUCGUGGCAUAACAGAGAUCCAGUGCUAAGUGUUGACUUUCAACCUAAUUGUGAUUCACAGGAGCCUUUGCGUUUAGCCACUGGUGGAACUGACACUCAUGUUGUUAUAUGGUACUUUGCAAUAAGUGAUAGGGGCGCAGUCAAUUUGGAAGUAGCAGCUGAUUUAACAAGGCAUCAAAAGGCAGUAAAUGUCGUUCGAUGGUCUCCUAGUGGACAGUUGUUAGCAUCAGGAGAUGAUGAAUCUAUCAUUUUCAUUUGGAAGCAAAAAACUGAAGAUCUUCUUCCACCACCCGAGGGGGAAGAAGAAUAUAAAGAAACAUGGGUUAUUCAUAAGACCCUCCGAGGCCACAUGGAAGAUGUACUUGAUUUGAGUUGGAGUAAUGAUUCUUUGAACUUGGCAUCGGGCUCUGUAGAUAACAAAUUAAUCUUCUGGGAUGUAAACAAAGGCAAAUACACCCACAUAGCUACAGAGCAUAAGGGUUUUGUACAAGGAGUAGCUUGGGACCCUAAAGGACAACUAAUAGCAUCAGCUUGUACAGACAGGGAAUUUCGAACUAUGGACAUAUCGACAAAAAAGGUUCAGUCUCGUAGCAGCAAAGCCAUAUUGCCCUUUCCCGAAGAACAUGCUCUAUACAAUGUGCGCGUCCGGUUAUACCAUGAUGACACACUCCAAACAUAUUACAGACGACUUCAAUUUAGUCCUGAUGGUGUUUUUAUAGCUGUACCCGGUGGUCGAAUAGAGGCAGAACAGGGCAAAGUGGAUUUGAAGCCAAUAAAUGCUGUUUAUAUUUAUACUCGCUACUCACUUAAAGCACCUGCAUGCAUACUGCCUUGUGCGGAAGCUGCAUUAGUCGUACGCUGGUCUCCUAAGCGCUACUCCCUCCGGCCAGAUGGGCCUCCCCCGGCGUUUCCUGCAUGCCAUCGGUUGGUCUUGGCGGUAGCUACGAAACGCUCUGUGCUCCUUUAUGAUACCCAGCAAAAAACACCUGUUGCCCUCAUUUCCAAUAUUCAUUACACCAGAUUAACAGACUUGACCUGGUCCCAUGAUGGGUCAGCGCUGGUCGCGUCCAGCACGGAUGGCUUCUGUUCUGUGAUCACAUUCUCGCCAAAUGAGCUUGGGGAGGUAUUGCCAGAUGAAUGUACUGAACAGACUGCGGCAGAACCAAUGGAAGUAGACGAGCCGAUACCAGAGACGCAAAGCCCCGAAGAGAAGAAAAACAACUUUCAUACGAUUGAUUCUUUCAUAAAGUUCAAAACACCAACGGAGAAAUCACCCAAGAAACAGACAAUACAUACAGUACAACAGAAAACUCCAGUGAAAGUGGACCUAUUGGUUGAAACUGCUAUGCCGUCCUGGUCUGAUAAUUCCAAUGAUGUUGUGAAGCAGGACAAGGUUGAGAUCCUGGUCAUAGAAGACAGUCAAGAUAUAAAACUGGUGUAUGAGGAGUCGGAGAAUACCGAUCAUGCAAAAGUAAAUGACAUAGAGUGUAGUGAAGUUAAGACUUCACCUAAAAUGAAUCUCAGUAAAACAGAAAAGUCACCCAAAUCUACUAAAUCUCCAAAAAUCGAUAAAUUUGUAGUGAAACCUACAAUUGACCAAUGUAUUAAAACACCUAAAAGUGAAAAGACAAAACCUAGUGGGUUGACUCCAACUAGUAGCAAGGUGGAUUUCUUUAAACAGGCUAAAGUGACCGACGUUAAUGGAGUAAUCGUUAAGCCCGUACCCAGUCCCAAGGCGCCGCGGAGAGUCAGCUUCGUGACACUCUCCAGUCCUAAGAAUAAAAAAACUUGUUAG